AUGUUCGCAGAAGAGCCACAAAACACAUUGAAUCCCAUGGUGGCUCGUCUUAGUCCCAGAGCUGUCCAACGACUUGAAGAAAUGAAGAGAUUAAAGCCAGAGCGAAGAAGCAUGGGUAUGACUAUGGCUACAAAUACAUCACAAAUGGGAAGCCAGCAGAUGAGUGGAUAUGAUCAUGGAGUGGGACCACAACCACCGAGUUUUCCACAUGGAUCUUUCCACAACAUGGAACACCAGGCAAUCCAGAACGCAUAUCCUUCACCACGAGCCACUUCUUUCCCUACUUACAAUAAUAGUAUGGUGGGAAGGCAGAACAUGGCAUGUAAUAUGGGCAAUGGCUGGUCAGGUGGUAAUCCUGCGAAUCAAUAUUGUCCUCCAAAUAGGGUUGGAGAGUUCGGUAUGGGAUGUCAUCCCGGCGUAUGGCAAAAUCCUACCUUUUCGGCUCCUUCGAUGCCUCCUUUUGGCAUGGGAGAGCCUCAGAUGGGUGGUCAAAUUGGGGCUUCUCCAAAUUUCGGACCGAGAAUCGGAACGUCUAACAUGGUGAAUCGAUGUGGAGUCCCCAACAAUGCAAGCCCUCGAGGUCCUUUGGCUCCUGCAUUUGGAGUUCCCACAGACGCCCCUGCCUCACCAACAGCCGCUCGCCCAUAUUGUCCCAGAACCAAUGGACUUCAUGGACAAAGUCAGUAUUACAAGAACUCCAGUGACUCAGAAAACCUUCCUGAGCCAAGAGUGGUCCUCCACAACCCGCAAUACGAUUCUACUGACUUUCCCGGCCACUGGUUCAGAAAUAUCUCUGCGGGAGACAUUUACAUUGUCCGGAAAGUUGUCAAAGCCGCUGCUUUUGUGGAAAAUUACAAGAUGCAAGCUGGUUGGGUCCCCAAGAUUUGUUUUCAGCCUCUUGAGAAGGAUAAAGCUUGCGCGUGUCCACCGUGUACAGCUGAUCCCGCUUGCCCGCCUAGUCAGCGGAGAGAAGAUUGUUCUUGCGCUUGCGGUUGUCUGCGCGAAGAAGAUUCACGUAUCAAUGAUCUGAAGGCGGAUCUGAAGUGGUUUGUUGAGAAGCAUCACAACAAACCCUUACAGGUUGAGGGGAUGUUACUUCAAGACGCUAAUCGAGGCCAACCCGGCUUAGGGAUGGGAGGCGCCGAGAACGGGACUACUGGCUUUUACUGCCCAGUUAGAUUGUAA